AUGUCUGCUACCGAAGCCCAGCCCGCUGUGCAGAAGCAGUUUGGCAAAGGCCAUCGCUCAGUCCCUCACCACAGCCAAAAGGCAAAGAAGUGGUAUCCUACAUCAGACGUCUCGCAACCCAAAAAGGCUCGCAAGACCAUCCGUGAGGGCAAGUCACGAGCUUCCCUACAGCCCGGUGCCGUCCUCAUCCUCCUCGCUGGUCGUUUCCGCGGCAAGCGUGUUGUUCUCCUUAAGCACCUGAAGGAAGGCGCUCUCCUGGUCACCGGCCCAUUCAAAAUCAAUGGCGUUCCCAUCCGAAGAGUGAAUGCUCGCUAUGUCAUUGCGACCUCCACAAAAGUCGACCUCAGCGGUCUAGAUUCCAAAGUCCUCGACAAGAUCGCCAAGCCCGAGUACUUCGCCCGGGAAAAGAAGAGCAAGAAGGAGAAGGGCGAGGAAGCGUUCCUCAAGCAAGGAGAGAAGGCAGAGAAGAAGCAGCCCACAUCCGAACGUGCAUCAGACCAGAAGGCCAUUGACAAGCCACUACUGUCCGCCAUUAAGAACGAGGAAUUCCUUGCCAGCUACUUGCGAUCCAGCUUCAGCCUGAGACACGGCCAACGACCUCACGAGUUGAAGUUCUAG